AUGGCGCUCUCACGCCCCAAGCAGCCGCAGCAAAACCAGCAGCAGCAGCAGCAGCAGCAGCAGCAGCAGCAGCAGCAGCAACAGCAGCAGCAGCCACAGCAGCAGCAGCAGCAGCAGCAGCAGCAGCAGCAGCAGCAGCAGCAGCACGGCCAGUGGCUCCCACAGCAGGCGGACCUCACCAACGGCCGCAUGGCCCCAAACUGGCUCCCCCCGCCUGAGGCCGCCCCCCACGUGUCGCCCGGCGCCGACGGGCUGUCACACCUGACAGCGGCGGACGCACUGCUGCUGCUGACGCUGCAGCGCGCCGCGCCGGCGCACGUGGAGGCGGCGGCCGCAGCGCUGGCCGCCGCGGCGCUCGGCAGCAGCCCCGAGGCGCUCGCGGCGGCGGUCCGCCACCUCAGCGCGACCAGCGACGAGGCGCUCGAGUGGCUGCUCGCCGCCGCGGUCGGGUGGCUGGCCACGGCGGUGGUCGACCUGCCAUCCCUGGAGGCAGCCGGGCGGAAGCUGCUGGCGGCCGCCCUGGGGUCGGCGCCGGAGCCCUGCCGAGUUGGACUGGGAAUGCUGCUGCGGCGCGCCGUCGCUGAGGGCUGUGCCCAAGGGGCCAUGUGGGACGUACUAGAUGAACUGGCGCGGGCGGCGGCGGCCGCGCUCGAUCAUCAUCAUCAUCAUCAUCAGCAGCAGCAGCAGCAGCAGCAGCAGCAGCAGCAGCAGCAGCAGCAGCAGCAGCAGGAGCAACAGCAGCAGGCGGAGGAGGACGGGCAGGUGGAGGCGGGUCAGCUGCCUUUGGAGGUGGCCGAGGUUGCGGCGCAUGAGCUGUGUGCGUUUGCGGCCACCCAUUUGCAGACGCUCCCGCGCCGCUCCGCGGCGCGCCUGGCGGCGACCCUCGCGCCGCUGGCCGGACCGGUCGAGGCAGCGGCCGCGUUGCUGCGCGUCGCGUUGGUGCAGGCGCUCGCGGCCGCGGAGGCCGCGGCCGCGGGGCUGCCGCGGGCGAAGCAGGAGCCGUGCGUGGCGGUCUGGGACGCGCUUAUGGGGACGCCGGGCGCGAGGCGCCCGCCCCCGGAGGCUGCCUUUGACGGCGGUGGCGGUGCCGAUGCUGAGAAGGGCGGCGGCGGCGGCAGGGGCGCAGAGGACGACCCCUUGUCUCGGGAGCUGCGGCGCGCGCGCCGCGCGGCGGGGGCGGCGCGGCCGCGGCUCUGCGGGGACGGGGAGCUGGCGCUCGCCUGCGCGGCGGCGCUGCUCGCGCACGCGCGGCCGCGGCGGGCGGCAGCUUCGGGACAUUUGGAGGAUGGAGAGGGGGACGGCGGCGUCGCCGGCGCGAUGCAUGAGUGGCUGCGCCGCGGCCCCCCGGUGCUGCUGCGGCGGCUGCUGGCACCUCGCGCCUGA